CAGUGAUGACCUGUCCGGUUGCUAGGGGUAACUGCUCCCCUGUAGCAGGUGUCCAUGGCGCAAUAUGGAGCCGCCCCGCACACCUGAGCACAGAGCCCGCCCUUAUAGCGCUGCCUGCACUGGGGAGGGGCGCAUAGAGGAUGUAUGUGUCCUGUAGAGAACACGAGCAGUAGCGGCGGACAUAUGUUCCUGUGCGGGGAGCAGCAGGAAGAAGAUCCAAGACUAUGUAUAAUGGCCUAGCUUUCGUCAAUUUUUCUGUGGCGGACAACGUGACCGGCCUAGAUACAAUGGAUGGACAUGAGAUGCCGCUGACAGGCUCAUUGAGUCUUGAACCCAGCUGUAUACUGAUCUUGAUAAUAACAGGAAAAGUGAUCCUGAACAUAUUAAUUCUUGGGGCAAGACACAGGAAUGUUGGCACAAGCUUAAUGGGCUACUGCUGCGUCUCUCUAGCUAUUGUGGACUUUAUGCUGUUACUUGCCAUUGCUGCCAUCCACUAUUUUCAGGAUUUUACAGUAGUGGGCCUAAGGUUCACCAGUUACCACAUCUGUCUGUUUACACAGAUUAUAUCUCAUACCUAUGGUAUCCUUCAUUUGCCGUUUCUUUUGGCGUCUGGACUAGAUUACUAUUUGACUAUUGUCAAGUCUAUACAUAUCCCAUGUGCCUGUUCAGGACUUCUAUAUACAGCAUGUGUUGUUCUUCUAUGGACUGGGGCAUUUGCCCAUGUUCUUCUCUCACCAAUGAGAUCUCCAGCGUUGGACAUGGGACAGUCUGGCUAUCAGUGCACUUUUUACAUUAGCAGCCAAAGUUUUUACUUAUCCAUUGUUUUAGUCUGUAGUAUUUUUACAGCACUUUCUUUCUGCUGUUUUGAAAUUGUGGCUUUCUUAAAGUCAUUAAAAGUGAUAUCCUACGCCAGAAACACUGUGGUCCUAUUUUCAUUCCCACAAGGAGAUAUGUGGCCUGUCCAAGGAGGUAAACGCCUCAUGGCAGCUCUCUUGUUCUCCUUUUUGGGCACUUGGGCCCCAUUUAUUGUUUUUCAAAUAGUCAUAAUUGUUUUGUGUGCACAUAUCCCAGGAUACAUGGAUAUGAAUGUCCCCUGGUUAUAUUUUAUGAACAGUUUCCUAAUAGGAGUUUCCUAUGGACUUAAAUAUCCUGAUCUUCAAAGAACUGAAAAUACAUUUUCUAAGGACCCUUUUAUUAGCUGGAAAUACUGUAUUAUGCCUUGUUUGAAAGCUGAAUAUACUAAAGUAAUGCCUCUCCGAGAUGAGUUUACCUCUUCAGUAAUGACUGUUUAAUGCUUUCAUUGUAGGUUAAGCUACUCCUGAUUUGUAUAGAAUAAAAUUGAA